AUGUUAAUCGAGUGUAAAGAAUACGACAAAAACUUUACUUUGGACGACAUCAAGACAGCCGUAGGCAAGCAUUAUGCUCAACCCAUUCCUGAGACUGCGCCUCUUGAACCUAACCAUGAGGGCACCGAGGCAGUUACUUUGACGUCCCAAUAUCUGUCUGAAAAGUAUAGAAAUCAGACAGAAGCCGAACUCGAGAUACUGGAGGCUCAUACCCAGGAGUUGGAGAAAGGAAAGGUCCUGGGAACCUGCGUCAAGUCAGGAUUGACGAAAUCCAAGGUGGAAUCAACCCUGGUGUCCUAUAUGCGUGCGAUGAAUACUUUUAACAAGUUUGAAUUCGCAUGUAUUUACGGCCAGGGUGGAUCUUGGUACGACGUGUGUGCUGGAGAGAAUGUCGAGAAAUUGGACAUGAAGAAAUGGAAGAAGGAGGUUAUGUCCUUUGCCUCUCUUCCUCCUCCAGUGAAAAAAGCUACUCCUGUCUCUGUGGCUGCGCACGUCCAAAGAGUUACUACGGUCAAGAAUGCUCUCAAGAGCCUCAUCAAUGACCAAUGUAGAACCUCUUAUGAAAACGUUCCCUGGAAGGACUUGGUCAGAGGUGAGGAUCUUGAUGAGCUUCUCCGCGUAGAGGCCAUUGACACUAGCAGGCGUAUAGUUGUUGAUGGCUGGCCGUUAACCGAUUUCGAGCUGAGAAACUUCUUGUUGCGAGGAAAUUUGACGCGGGUAGAACGUUCUUACAAUCAGCUCAGAUUUAGAAUGAUCAACCCGCUUGCUGAGCCAAGCAGCCCAGUUGUCCAACCAAGCGACCUAAUCGUCCAGCCAAGCGACAUGAAAGUUCCAUAA